CUUUAUCCUGAAAAGGGGUUGGAAUGUUUCUAGGAAGAUGUCCUUGGCCUGGGGCCUGACCAGGUGGACCCUGGAUGAGGCUGGCAGCCUGGUAGGCAUCAGAGGGAGAAAACUCACCCACCUCAGCCUCUGGGUCCCUAGUUGAGCUUGCUCUCCCAGCUGGAUGCCCCGUGCUCACUGGGCCGUGUGGGAUGCGGCCGGUGGAGCCCUUUGCAUCCUCUCUGACUGGCUCUGUGCCUGUGUGUGGAGGGGGAUGCGGACAGCCAGGGCAGCUCGGCUGCAGGACACAGGGCCUAGGGUCAGGCGGACAGGCGGGCAGACUGGGCUGGUCACCAGCUGUGCCUCCCCUCCCGUCAGACCCAGGGGCUCCCCUAUGGGGGGUCUUUCGGGGCAGUGAGCCCAUGGCCCUGGGAAUUAGGGGUGUGUGGGGGAACCUGGGUGGCACCGGAGGGGCAGCUCUGGUGACCGGGUGGCCUCUGGGAGUUUGUUUCUCCACGUCAGGGACCCCUGGGGCUCUUGGCUGGAGACACACUUGGAUGCCAGAGUGCUGGCCUGGGAGAGUUCCGCUGUGUCCGCCCAGCCUGUGCCAGGCAGCCGGGGCCUCAGGCCAAGGGAGGCGGGGGCAGGAAGGGAGGGUCAGCUCUGGGUGCUCCUUAAACAGCGGCACCCACGGCCGGUGGCAGUGUGUGCGGAGAUCUGUCUGUCUGUCUGCCGGGCUCUUCACGGUACUGGUGGGAGUGCCCCUCCCCCACAUCGCGAGGCUGCCGGGGAGGGGCAGCUGGGCGCGUCAGUGGGCAGCAGAGAUGAGAAGCCAGGGGAGUGCGGGGGGCGGCCCCAGGCAGGGCCCAGCCUGGGUGGGCAGAGGCAGCCGGAAGGUCCUGCGUGUCUGGUUGAGCAAGAUGUCAGUGAAGGAGGGCGCGCAGCGCAAGUGGGCGGCGCUGAAGGAGAAGCUGGGGCCUCAGGACUCGGACCCCACGGAGGCCAACCUGGAGAGCGCCGAGCCCGAGCUCUGCAUCCGGCUGCUGCAGGUGCCCUCCGUGGUCAACUACUCGGGGCUGCGCAAGCGGCUGGAGGGCAGCGACGGUGGCUGGAUGGUGCAGUUCCUGGAGCAGAGUGGCCUGGACCUGCUGCUGGAGGCCCUGGCGCGCCUGUCGGGCCGUGGCGUCGCUCGUAUCGCCGACGCCCUGCUGCAGCUCACAUGCGUCAGCUGCGUGCGCGCCGUCAUGAACUCCCAGGAGGGCAUCCAGUACAUUCUCAGCAACCAGGCCUACGUGCGCCAGCUCUCCCUGGCUCUGGACACGUCCAACAUGAUGGUCAAGAAGCAGGUGUUUGAGCUGCUGGCCGCCCUGUGCAUCUACUCGCCAGAGGGCCACGCCCUGACCCUGGACGCCCUGGACCAUUACAAGACAGUGUGCGGCCAGCAGUACCGCUUCAGCGUCAUCAUGAGUGAGCUCUCGGACAGCGACAACGUGCCCUACGUGGCCACCCUGCUCAGCGUGGUCAACGCCAUCAUCCUCGGCCCAGAGGACGUCCGCGCCCGCGCCCAGCUGCGCAGCGAGUUCAUCGGGCUGCAGCUGCUGGACGUCCUGACGCGGCUGCGAGACCUGGAGGAUGGGGACCUGCUGAUCCAGCUCGAGGCCUUCAGGGAGGCCAGGGCCGAGGACGAGGAGGAGCUGCUGCGGGCCUUCGGCGGCAUUGACAUCAACAGCCACCAGGAGGUCUUCUCCGCACUCUUCCACAAGGUGAGCUGCUCCCCCGCGUCUGCCCACCUGCUGUCCGUGCUGCAGGGCCUCCUGCACCUGGAGCCCAGCCUCCGCUCCAGCCAGCUGCUCUGGGAGGCCCUGGAGAACCUGGUGAACCGGGCGGUGCUCCUGGCCACAGACGGCCAGGAGUGCACCCUGGAGGAGAUGGUUGAACGCCUCCUGUCCAUCAAGGGCCGGCCCCACCCCCGCUCCCUGGACAAGGCCCACAAGAGCACCCAGGCCGACCUUGGCCAGAGCCAAAGGGGCAGCUCCCCGCAAAACUCUGGCGCCCCGACGGCAGACCUGGGGGACCAGCAGCCAGCUGCGGCCCUCGGCAGCCCUCUCGUCGCCAGCGUCCAGGGCGAGCGCGGGCCGGCACCGCAGCCAACAGCCCCGGAGCAGCUGGAGCGCCCCCCGCCCCCGCCGGCGCCCCCGCUCCCUGGCCCCACGACCGUGCCCCCUCCCCCGCCCCCUCCCCCGCCGCCGCCCCCGCCCCCGCCCCUGCCGAGUAUGAGGGCUGCAUUCCCCUCGCCCCCGCCGCCCCCGCCACCCCCACUGCCUAACUCUGCUGGGACCAUACCGCCCCCACCUCCCCUCCCGGGCCUGGGGGGCCCGCCCCCACCUCCCCCACCUCCCCUCCCGGGCCUGGGGGGCCCGCCCCCACCUCCCCCACCGCCCCUCCCGGGCCUGGGGGGCCCGCCCCCGCCGCCACCCCUGCCCGGGGUCUCCGGGCCCCCUACCGCGGACGGCGUGGAGGAGAUCAUCGUGGCCCAGGUGGAUGGCGGCCUGGGCUCGGCCUGGGUCCCCCGCCACCGGCGCGUGAACCCUCCCACCCUGCGCAUGAAGAAGCUGAACUGGCAGAAGCUGCCAUCCAGUGUGGCCCGCGAGCGCAGCUCCAUGUGGGCAACGUUGAGCAGCCCCGACACCGAGGUGGUGGAGCCCGACUUCUCCAGCAUCGAGCGGCUCUUCUCCUUCCCCACGGCCAAACCCAAGGAGCAGGCCGUGGCCCCGGCCAGGAAGGAGCCCAAGGAGAUCACUUUUCUGGACUCCAAGAAGAGCCUGAACCUCAACAUCUUCCUGAAGCAGUUUAAAUGCUCCAACGAGGAGGUCACCGCCAUGAUCCGGGCUGGGGACAGCACCAAGUUCGACGUGGAGGUCCUCAAGCAGCUCCUCAAGCUUCUUCCGGAGAAGCAUGAGAUCGAGAACCUGCGCUCCUUCACGGAGGAUCGGGCCAGGCUCGCCAGCGCCGACCAGUUCUACCUCCUCCUGCUGAGCAUCCCCUGCUACCAGCUUCGGAUCGAGUGCAUGCUGCUGUGUGAGGGCACAGCCGUCGUGCUGGACAUGGUGCGGCCUAAGGCCCAGCUGCUGCUCACCGCCUGUGAGAGCCUGCUCACCAGUCACCGGCUGCCCGUCUUCUGCCAGCUGAUCCUGAAAAUCGGGAACUUCCUCAACUACGGCAGCCACACUGGGGAUGCUGACGGCUUCAAGAUAAGCACACUGCUGAAGCUCACAGAGACCAAGUCCCAGCAGAGCCGGGUCACACUGCUGCACCAUGUGCUGGAGGAAGUGGAGGAGAACCACCCCGACCUCCUGCAGCUACCCCAGGACCUGGAGCUGCCUGCCCGAGCCGCAGGGAUCAACCUGGAUGCCAUCCACUCGGAGUCCAGCACUAACCUGAAGAAGCUCCUGGAGAUGGAGCGGAAAGUGUCCUCCUCCAUCCCGGAGGUGCAGGAGCAGUACUCCCACCGCCUCCAGGCCAGCAUCACAGACUCGCAGGCUCUGGAGGAGGUGUUCCAGGCCAUCGAGCAGAAGCAGCUGGAGCUGGCUAGUUACCUGUGUGAGGACGCCCAGCAGCUAUCUCUGGAGGACACGCUCAGCACCAUGAAGACCUUCCGGGAUCUCUUCCUCCGCGCCCUGAAGGAGAACAAGGAUCGGAAGGAGCAGGCAGCCAAGGCUGAGAGGAGGAAGCAGCAGCUGGCAGAGGAGGAGGCCCGCAGGCCGCGGGGCGAGGGCGGCAAAGCCGCCAGGAGGGGAGGCGGGAAGCAAGAAGAGGUGUGUGUCAUCGACGCCCUGCUGGCUGACAUCAGAAAGGGCUUCCAGCUGCGUAAGACCGCCCGCGGCCGAGGGGACGCAGAGGCAGCCAGCAGGGCAGCCGCCACCGACCCCCCGAGGAACAGGGCACCUGCCGCCACCAGGGACCCCGUGGGAGGUGCCAGCCCCCCCACCUCUGAGCCUGGUCUGGACACUGCAGCCGCCAGGGAGCCCCAGGGCUGGGACCUCGCGGAUGCCAUUCCCACCAGCCGCCAGCCCGCUGGAGACUCAUCAGAGACGGGUGGCCCUGGGGCCCUGGAGAGGCGCUCUUCCUGGUACACAGAUGCCAGCGAUUUCCUGCCCACGGAGGACCCCCAGGGCCCCCAGCCCCCUGCAGGGGCUUGGCCAGUGGUACUGGGAGACGCUCAAGCCCUGAAGCCCCUCGACUUCAGUGACCAGCCCCCCAAAGCCAUGGAUCUGAGCCCAGACGCUGAGGAGCCCCUGGCCACACUGGGUGCCCGCCAGGCUGAGGCCAGCAGUGCAGAUGAGGGCCUGGAGGACGCAGCUGCCCUCUGCCGCCGCGCCGGCCUCCCCGCUGCAGGCCCUGACGAGGACGGGGACGGGGAGCUCACGGCCCCAGACUCCGCGCUGGACACCUCCCUGGACAGGUCCUUCUCCGAGGAUGCCGUGACUGACUCGUCAGGGUCCAGCACCCUCCCCAGGGCUCAGGGCCGGACGUCAAAGGGCACAGGCAAACGGAGGAAGAAGCGCUCCUCCAGGAACCAGGAAGAGGUUGCCCCCGACCCUGACGAUAAUAAAACAAAAAGGCUCUGUGUGAUCCAGUGAGGCCUCAGGCCCAGGUCCAGAGCCAAGUAAGAGGAGCCACAGCAGGGCUGCCGGGCGAGCUGUUGGUCGGGGCCCCGGGCCAGACGGGGCCAGCCCCCGGGAAGCCCAGACUCCGUGCCUUACCCGGCCUCACUGCGGCCUCUCGGAGCCUCGGGCCGUUGAGGCCAGGAUCCCCUGGCACCCCCCUGGCCUGCCUGCACGCCCCUGCCCUCGUGGUCUGCUUUCUAAAUGCCGCCGCCCAGCCCCGACCCACACCGCAUGCACCAUGGCCCCCACCCGGCCACCUGGGGGGGUGGGUCCAGUGGCUGCGUCCGGGGCACCCCGAGCUUGUGACCUGGCUCCCAGAUUCCCCUGGGGACAGGCCCUCACAGACCUCCCCGCCGAAGUGGCGGAGCCAGGGAGGACUGGAGCCCUGCUCCACAGCUCUGCCCCCAACUCAGUUGGGCUGAAGCAGUCGUUUUUAACUGAAAUGGGAUGAUCUGUGGGUUUCUACUGUUUUAUGUGGCCAAGCUGGGGACAGGUAGGUGGGUGAGAGGACCCAGGGCCUUCGGGUAGAGGCAGGCUGUCUGGCCGUGCACAGGAGAGCCAAGGCCCCUCUACUCAGAAGAGGGAGACCCCCAUGGAGUUGGCACCCACCCCCACACCUCCAGCCCUGAGGUGGGGAGGGGGCUGCCCUUGGGGUCCCUUCGUCAACAAGACACUGGGCCUGCACCUGCUGAGGGGAGGCCAGGAUCCAGGCCGAGGGGCCAGAGGGGCUGCCAUCUCCUCACUGACCUGUGGGCCCCUUGCACUGCCCCCGCCCUGUGUGUGUGCUACCAAGACUGGAGAAACUUUGGCCAAUAAAGAACAAGGCUAGCCCA